AUGUCUUCACGUCCUCCUUACUCCCCUAACUUCAUCUCCGACCCAUCGUACGUCCGAAUCCUCGACACCACUCUUCGCGACGGCGAGCAAGCCCCUGGCGCCGCCAUGACCGCCGACCAAAAGCUCUCCAUCGCCCGCCCCUUCUUCGACCUCAGCGUCAACAUCAUCGCCGAGGGUGUCGGCACGCUCAUGCAAGGCCACGCGCCUGUCAUCGGCGCGGUGGCGAGGAGCAACAAGAGGGACAUCGACGCAGCGUGGGAGGCGGUCAAGGGGGCGCUGAGGCCGAGGUUGUCGACGUUUAUCGCGACGAGCGAGAUACACAUGAAGCAUAAGCUGAGGAUGGGGAGGGAGGAGGUGGUGGCACGUGCGGUGGAGAUGGUGGCGUAUGCUCGGAGUUUGGGAUGUCAGGAUGUAACGUUCGCUGCUGAAGAUGCUGUGAGGAAACCCCAACGUACAUAA